GUAUGGAAGCAAACAAAUUACAACAACUCACCACCGCUCUCCCUCGAGCUUCGCCAGGACGUCGUCGAGCUGCCCCCGCAAUCGCCCGGGCGCCGAGCGCAUCUGGGCGGCCUUCUUCUUGCGGCGCGCGAGCGCCUUCGCCUUCGCCUUCUCGGCGUCGUCGCGCCGCUGCUGGCGCUCGGCGGCGGCCGCGUCGCGCGCGGCGCGGACCUUCGCGAAGGGGUCGCGCUUUCGCCGCUUCUCUCGUUUCUUCGGCGCGGGUUCACCCUUCGCCUCGGCCUCGGCGCGGGCGCGCUUCUGGGGCUUCGUGAAGUCGCGCUCCGUGCCGACGUCGCCGUCGCGCUUGCGGAGCUUCUCGUAGCUGCGGAUGAGCUUGGCGUUUUUGUAGAACUCGCGCUGCUUCUUCCGGCGGCCGGGGUUGUGCGCCUUGCGCGUCAGGUAGUCGAAGUCGAGCUUGCCGCCGCGCGGGCCCACCGGCAUGGGGCGCUUCGCCGACGCCAUGGCGUUACGGCGCGCGUUGCGUCGUGUCGCAGUCUCCGCGAGCGCUGCGGUGAAGCGCUGUGCCGCAGUCCGCGAGCGGCGCUGCGGUGAAGCUCUGAACGAGGUCUUACGACGCGUCGAGCCGCGCCGCGGGCCGGAGCGAUGCGAAAGUGCUGUGUAUGCCUGCACAGGCUGCUGCUUGCGCGACGGCGUAACUCUGGCUAUCACUCUGCCCAGCGCUUCAAAUCGCGAGCAUAGAUCGCACACGAUCGAAGGAUCGUGGUAGAUGCCGCUAGGUCGCCCGCAGAGAGCACUGUCGCCCACGG